ACGUACGAUCAAGAUGCCAAGCACAAGUGGAAAACAGGGAAAGAACUGUUAACGUAGUAGUAUAAAUCAAAUGCAAUGAAUAUACAGCCUUGCAUAUAGUGCAGCUUGUUAAAGUAGAAAAGAGAAAAAGCAAGAAAAAAGAUGGAACUAGAGGGGGAGAUGAGAAAGGGACCAUGGACUGAGCAAGAAGAUGUUCAGCUGGCGUUGUGCGUGAAUUUAUAUGGAGAUCGUCGUUGGGAUUUCAUUGCGAAAGUUUCAGGUUUGAAAAGAACAGGUAAGAGUUGCAGGUUACGUUGGGUUAAUUACCUCCAUCCUGGUCUCAAACGUGGCAAGAUGUCGUCUCAUGAAGAGCGCCUUGUGCUUGAACUUCACUCCAGAUGGGGAAAUAGAUGGUCAAGAAUUGCUAGGAAGUUACCUGGGAGAACUGACAAUGAGAUUAAGAAUUAUUGGAGAACUUAUAUGAGGAAAAAGAGUCAAGAGAAGAAGAGGACUAAACUGUCAUCACCAUCUUCAUCAGUUUCUUAUAAUUCGUCGUAUUCCUCUUCUUCCACCAUCAGUUCAACGAAAAUAAAAGACACGGAUGAGAGGAACUUUUUUGAUACUGGGGGAGUAGCUGCAACAGGACUUUCUGAUGCAGCAGAGAUUCAAAAGGGGGAGUAUUCGAUGGAUGAGAUAUGGAAUGACAUUGUUUCAUCCGACGAUGAUGAAAUCAAGCCGGUUUGUCCAACCUUGGUGCCACCAAUCUGGGACUACUGCCAGGACUCACUGUGGAACACUGAUCAAGGAAAAGAUACCGACAUGUUUCUCCACACAAGCGAACCAUUUUAUUCCUUGUUUGGACCAGAAGAAACAUUUUUUGCAGGCUAAGUAACCAGUUCUUUUAUUCAUUCGAACCGAUACAAUACUUCAGCAUCCUAGUGUGUAAUAAUAAUGUCAGCCUCAUUGUAUAUAGCCAUGAGGUUCUGUGGACAAUGCUGGCCCAUGCGCAAGUUUAGUAUUACUCUGUUUCACUCUAGUUGUCUUGUUUUGCUUGUUUAAGUAUCAGUUUCAGUGAAUAUCAAUAAUUAAAAGCUCUCUUAGGGGACUAGUAACUC